AUGCCACCUGUCUCAGAGGAGCACCAUGACGCACAUAAUCUACCCGUUCGCUCGCCUCUGAAGCCUACUCGAGGUGGUAUAGUCCCGGGAGGAUUUGGGGCAACUAGCCGAACGUCCAGCACUCUUUCUAGCACGAGUCUUGGCUACCAUCUACCUGAUACUGGGUUCUUCAAGCGGUCAUUCGACCCAACCCCGCGUAAUGGCCAGAGCAGCCUCAAUGGAGGUUGGGGGACUCCUGGCCAGCAAUUCGAUUCAAGGCCGCAGGUGCAACGGCCUAUGUUGUCUGGCGGUCUCGUGCCAACCCGACUUUGGCACCCCCCUAUACCUAUGAACGCAUCGCCCUCUGCUUCUGGUGGCUUUGGGCUGGAUGGGCAGGGCAGUUCGUCAUACCGCGACCCAGGCACUCCCCAACACGCCAAGACUCAUGUGCAACAAGCGAAUUCUUCCGUUUCUGUUGUUCUGAAUCCAGUCACGCCAGCUACUUUUUAUGGUCAAAAUGAAGUCUCUGGAUCGGGUUCACGAAGCUUGGUCCAGAGCAGAUCCGGGUCCGAUGCCCCAAGUCCUGCAUCAUCCUCUGCUCUACGACGUGGCCGACCGCCCAAAACGCCUAGCUUUGUUAUAGAAAUCCCUAGUCUAACUCCAAAGAAACGAGGACGACCUUUUGCAAGCCAGCAAAAGACUCCCUCCACAGAUCCAAAUUACAAGAAAAGGGGCCGUCCGUUUGCAACGGCAGAAUCUGCUGCUAAAGCUGCUGCCAAAGCUGCUGCAGCUGGAUCAGACUCGGCAGAUGGCACUACCAAGAAACGGGGCCGGCCUUUCAAAGUUCGAACGCAGCUUGAUAUACCAGUCCCCGAGCCGGUGUUCAUACCAUUUAUCUGCGAGUGGAAGGGUUGUCCCGCUGAGUUGCACAACUUGGAGACUCUCGUGGCCCAUGUUUUCAACGUCCACAACAAGAAACAAACCUCUGGUAGUCGUCUUUGUCUUUGGGGAAAAUGUGGGGUGAAGCAUGGGCCUUCAGAUGAAACUACAAAAUCACAGAAUCAUGAUGAGCCGAAUGAAUUCAAGACUCAGGCGGAGUGGAAGGACCACAUCGAUCAGCGACAUCUGAUCCCUUUUGCUUGGCAUAUGGGUGAUGGCCCAAAGGGCACGUCUUUGUCUAUCAAGCCAGACCCUGGUCCGGCUCCUUGGUUGAUGGACAAGGAUGGUCGGCAAGUCACCCCUUCGGUCCAAAGCCAACCGAUCGAGGAAGGUCGAGCAAAAGAAAACAAUGCGAGAAGAUUCAUACGAAAGAUCGAUGGUAUCUACUGGACUUACGAACGCAUCAAAUCACCCGAAGAAUAUAUGAAAGUCCAAGUCCCUCAAACCGGCAAUACCAGCGACGGCGAUGACGAAGAUGAUGCCCGUAUGGACGAAUAUCCCUGA